GGCCCUGUGCCUUCCACAGGCUCCCCUGUCAGAAAAGAGGUACAAGCAGGAUGGCGAGAGAGCAGCGAGGUCCAGGGAAGCAGAGCGAGGCAAGCCAGAAGAGGUCUUCAGUACACAGCGGGGGAGGGCAGGCCAGAGGACUUAGAAAUGAAGCCUCCCGCCCCAGCCACUCUAAAGCUGCUCUUCGAAGGCAUCUCCCAUGAUGGCCAGGGCCGGACCCUGUACCUCAAGGAGCGGCAUCAAGUGAUACCAGAGAAGAAGUACAAGUACCCGAUGGUGUCUUCCUGGGCGUAUGGCUGGCAUGUGGGGGAUUUCAUGAAGGACUACAGGACACCGGCUCAUGCCAAAACUCAUCCCAUCACAAAGUCAUUUUACGUCAAAAAUGGCAUUUUCUCUAGACCUCGGCGAUCAGAUGACAUCAUGUGACUUGACUUGGAAAAGGCCUCAGUGGCUCCUUUCCCCCUGUCAUCCAUCUGGACCAUCCAGAUGGGAGAUAUUUCGGCCCAGCCCUACCUCACUCCAUGUUCUGCUGAGCCCCACCUCCUUGGGUGAGAUGGACCUGAAGAAGUGACCACGGGCAUACACCUCUGGGGUGCACUGUCAUCCUAUGUUGGGGCUCCUGUCUACACACAGAGAACUCCGCUGCUUGCAAAGCUGCCGCAUCCUACCAUCCAUCAAUGGUAAUGCUGUUUCUUUUCCCGGGGUGAUCCAAUGCUGCAUGAGCAGGCCUGGACAGAGGAGGCGCUGGUGAGCCUGCAAGGUACAUAGGCGAGCACCAAUCUCUUAGGCUAUUCUUCUGCAUUAGACUGAUGGUAUCUACAGCAGAGUUGCUCUGUCUCGGUGUGU